AUGUCCAAGGCGAUCAGGGUGGAGCACCACUUCCAUGGGUGUGGAGCAUGGCGCAGGUCCCUCGUGGUCUCUCAUCGAUUUGGAAGGCUCCAGAUUGCCUUUGACCCCCUGGUGAAAGGCUUGGUUCCCAGCACAGGAACGAGUUACCAGUGGGUUCAGAUUAAAGCUUUCAAAGGCGAUUUGUCAUCAGUGUCAGUGUGUCGGCUGCCGGAGCUAACCCGUCACCUCCACCGGGAAGCCCACCCUCCUAGCACCCUUUCCUGGCACUCAGAGCACAUCCUGCAGACCUUUGUUUUUUGUCUGUCUCGUGCCUACACCCUGAGUCUGCCCACAUCCCUGGCCCAGAUCAAGAACUCGGAGACAUUUGUUCUCAGCAAGCAUCGGUGGCUUACCCUGUAUUUUCAUGGAACCUCUCGGUUUCUGUUUAUCCUGCUGGGUAAGGCCACCGGUGUAGACGUGGAACUAGUGACCGACUGUCCUCUAGCUCGUGAGGGAGGCAGGUAUGAAGUCAGCAGUCACUUGGUCCCGCUGGCUGCGUGUGCUAUGGGAGAGAAGGCUUCCCUGGGGCUGAAGGCGGGCAAGGGCUGGUGUAAGAGCGUCCCUAGGAACGCCGUUCCUCAGAUGCUCCUGUGUUGGAGGCUCCAGAGAGAUGAGACACACUCACCCAGGACCCCUGAAUGGUGGGAUCCAAACGGGCCACUGUGCGGCUUCGACGGCGGAGAUAUUCUGUGCUGGAAGCUCAGAGCCCAGGCUGUGGCUGUGCCCAGCAAGAUGCACACAGGAGGCUGUGGCCAGCCCUCCACGUACCAACUUCCCCUCACUUUUCCUGCCCUUGAUUCCUCCUAUCAGUCACGUCUCAAGCCACACGGGAAGAAUGGAGUGGAGAUGACUCUGCAGACAGGAGCUGAGGGCCACCUUCUCAGAUUUGCCAUUUCCAGCCCAGUCACCCCGUGUGACCGCUGCUCCGGGGCCCUUCCUGGGCUGGGGCUCUCCUCUGGGCCGAAACUCACCCCUCCUCCUCCCCCGCAGAUCUUCGGGGGCCUGGUGUGGAUCCUGGUGGCCUCCUCCCUGGUGCCCUGGCCCCUGGUCCAGGGCUGGGUGAUGUUCGUGUCUGUGUUCUGCUUCGUGGCCACCACCACGUUGAUCAUCCUGUACCUAAUUGGAGCCCACGGUGGAGAGACUUCCUGGGUCACCUUGGACGCAGCCUACCACUGUACCGCUGCCCUCUUUUACCUCAGCGCCUCGGUCCUGGAGGCCCUGGCCACCAUCACGAUGCAAGACGGCUUCACCUACAGGCACUACCACGAAAACAUUGCUGCCGUGGUGUUCUCCUACGUAGCCACUCUGCUCUACGUGGUCCAUGCCGUGUUCUCUCUAAUCAGAUGGAAGUCUUCGUAAAGCCGCACAGAACUUGAGCUGAAAACCCAGAUGGUGUUAACUGGCCGCUCCACCUUCCGGCAUAACUUUUUAGAAAACAGAAACGCCCUGGAUGGUGGAAAAAAAGAAAACAACCCCUCACCCCCGCCCCCAACAACAACAACAAAAAAGCCCUGCCCUAUUGCUUGUGGGUGCUGCGUUUACUCUCCCGUGUGCCUUCGCGUCCGGGGCGGGAGCUCGCUGCGUCUAACCUCCGACUGCUGCGCUGUCUGCUAGGGUCACCUCCUGUCUGUGAAAGGGGAACUUCUUGUUUGGGGGUGGGAGGUGGGGACCUGACCUGAGAAGGAAACACAGAUCCCCUGCUGACCCCUGGACCAGCUCUCGAGAACUACCUGCUGGAAUUUUCCACAGGCUCUCCUGAGCGUCCCCUCCUGUGGCAUGUUUUAAGUCUUCACGGAUGUUCUGUGUGUCAUGGGGACUAAAACUCACCCCACAGAUCUUUCCAGAGGUCCAAGGUGGAAGAUGGUAACCCUGUGAAAUACUUUAUAAAGUGUCUUUAUGUUCA